AACCAGGAAAGGGGAUGGUCUACUUCCUAAUUCUCCCAGGCCACCAACUUCCCUGUUGCGGGUGGUGAUGUUGCAAACGGAGUGCUCUACUCCACACCGAGUUGGCCUGCAGCUCUCUGACACCUCCAAGUUGCCUUCAGGCUGCGAGAGUCCAGCUGGAACCCAAUGAGGUAAGAGUGGUCAUCUCAGGGCUUCUCCACCAACAGCAUUGACCCCCUGGGAUGUCCUUGGAGGGCUGGGGGAGUCCCAGAGGAAAGCAUUGGGCACUGGAAGGGCUAGGGAGGUCCAGACAGAGAAGGAGAAGUGGAUUUAGAAUUGGGAAAAUGAGAGACUGGGAGAAACCAAAAUGGCCAAAUCCACCCAGCCCUAACAGCAGGAGGUGGGGAAGUUCUUGAAUGAAGAUCUUGGAGAGCAGCUGAAAAGACUUGAGGGGGAGAAGCUGCAGGCCUGGAAAGGGUUAAACAUGCCUCCCCUUCUGCUUCUGCGCUCCAAGGUUAACCCUCCUGAAGCAGUUAGAUAAAAUGAAAACACAGGCAGAGAGUUAACAAGAUCUCAAGCUCAGCCAAAGGAGAGAAGAUGAGAGUGAGAAGACCUUUCCUCCAGCUAGCCAGCCUGCCUGCCUGCCUGCCUGCCUGUCUCCUUCCAUCUUUUGGGGUGCAGAGGUGCCAGCUUCUGAGUUGGAUACAGUAGCUCUGUCUCCAAAAGCAGUUUGAUAUACAGGAGCAAACAGGCGAAACUCUUCUGCAGCAUGAUGGAAAUAAACAUCACUGUCCGGCACAUUUCUAAAGAUUAGGCUGACGCUGAAAACACAAGAGCAGUCCAGGCUGGCUUUUUCCAGUCAUUUGGCAACUUUCUUUUGGAUUCCAUGAGAGGAGGAAAAGGAGGGGGGAGGGAGAGACAGAGAGAAGCUCCUUCCACUAGCCUGCUUUGACCCCCUUUUUCCCCCUGUAAUUAUUUCUGAUGAAAAUACAAGGCACAAUAGAUAAUUAAUUGGUAUGAUGAACAAGCUGCUUGCAUCUUUUGCUGAGUGGCUGGGUAAGGCAGAAGUGGAGAGUCUUUUUCAGUCCCUGGGCCACAUUCUCUCAAUGACAUGUUUCUGGGGGCUGCACACCAGUGGUGGGUGUACACACACACACACACACACACACACACACACACACACACACCAUCCUCCAUCCAGGAAAGCAAGAGGCAUUACCACACUUCAAUGAUACAUUCAGCCAGGUAAAGCCAACAGCCAAGGAAGGAUGUGGCCUGAGAGGGAUGCAUGCCCUGGGCAGAGUAUUAAGGGCCAGAUAGAACUGCUUGAAUGGCCACAUUCCCCCACCUUCCUCCUGCCUAAACCUGAUGUUCACUAUCGCCUGGGUGAGGUCUGCUGGAGAUAACAGGGACAGUGUUUUCUUUUUAUGAAACUUUUAAGGAUGUUGCACUGCCAAGGGACCCCUUCUUUCCUUCUUAUCCAGCCUAGUGAGGCAUCUGUGACCCCAACCCUUGCUUCCUUCUGCUUCCUUUGCUUGCCUCUGCAGAACAAAGAUGGACGCAGGGAGGUUCUUCAGCUGGGGGUGCCUUCUCCUUUUCUUGAUACUGAUGGAAUCGUCUACAGGAGCUGAUCCUCCACAUUUCUGCUAUGGAGCACCAGGACUUCCUGGUGUGCCUGGCCCUCCGGGAAAGGAUGGCAGAGAUGGGCUGAAAGGAUCUAAGGGAGAGCCAGGUAAGCAUCUUCUUCCUUCUCCUCCCCAUCCUCCUCCUCUUUCUCCUCCUCCCAUGGUCUAUGGGCCUAAUUAAGCUAAGCCAGGGUUCUUGAUUUGGACCAUGAGGUCCUUUUCUCUAAAACACGUUCACUGGUCCCACACCCUGAGUCAUAUAUAUCGGCAGGUGUUUGGAAGGUAAAGACCCUGCUGAGAAGAAACAAUCAGGCACUUAAUGUGUACUCCUGGUUGUUCCUUGGCAAGCAUUGUUUGCUGACAGAGUCAAUCAGCUGAUCGGUGCUGACAACAAGUCGUGCAGAGUUUUGAUUCAAAUUGCACCUGCAAAGAAACUUAUUUUCCUUUGCAGGCAGCUUUGCCAGUCUGUAGAGGGGAAGAAACAUCCAUUUGCAGGGAUGGUUUGACUCCAAGUCACAACUACAAAAGGACAAGGCAGGGCUCACUGUCAGCGUGCAAUCAGCAUUGACAGCAAGGCGUUUUUUUCUCCUCUUGCAAGUGCGACAACCAGAAGUUGUCAGUAGACUUCAUAACGUUGUCAGGCUGGAUCUAGCUCCCCACCCUAUUCCAUGGGACUGCCAUAGAGAGGAGAAAUAGCUAUUUAAGACAACAUUCAAUCACCUUAAAUUCAAGUCAAGAUGGGAGAGGGAGAGGAUAUUGCCCCAUAAGAGGGUGACAUGGCAAGCUCCUUGGAGUACCAACUUCUGUAACAGUAUGCCCAGUGAGUCAGUGAGAGCCAGUGUGGUGUAGUGGUUAGAGUGUUGGAUUAGAACCAGGAGACCAGGGUUCAAAUCCUCACUUGGCCAAGAAGCUCACUGGGUGUGAUUUUGGAUCUCUCGGCCUAACCAACCUCACAGGGUUGUUGUGGGGAUUAAAUGAGGAACAGGGACCCUUGGAGAAAAAGGUGGGAUAUGAAUGCAAUUAAAAAUAGUAAUAGCCCUCCACGAGGAAUAGGCAGCCCAUGAUCAGAUCAAACAGCCCAUGCGUCCUCCUUUUAUCCUCACUAGUUGGAACAUCCCUGGGUAGUUCUCCAGCUAGGGAGCUUUGAAAGCACAUUUUGCUCCAUAAGAAGCUGAGUGUGUAUGGCAGCCCCAGAUUUGGCAGAGACAGGAAGCAGUGUGGUAGAAGGGAUAGUUGUGUCCUUCAUCCCCAUCCUCUUGAUUCAUCCUUUCUUUCCUUUCUCCAAUCACGACCUGCAUUCCUUUGGUCCCCUGCAGGCCCACCAGCCAUUCCUGGAAGUCGAGGUCCCAAGGGAGAGGAAGGAGAACCUGGAGCUCCUGGUCAUGUGGGGAAGAAUGGGCCUCGAGGCGCUGCUGGACCUCCAGGGGAGCCUGGCCCCAAGGGGGACAGGGGUGAACCAGGGGAGCCGGGCGGCUACAAGAGGAACCACCAGUCGGCCUUCACGGUGAUGCGUCAGACAGCUCAGUACCCUGCCAAGAACGCCCCCGUUGUCUUCAACAGGGCCAUCACCAACAUUAACCAGGACUACGACCUCAACAACGGCAAGUUCACAUGUCGUAUCCCUGGCCUCUACUACUUCACCUACCACACAUCCCAGACAGCCAACCUCUGCGUCAACAUGUACCUGAACCGGGACAAGGUGGCCAGCUUCUGUGACCACAUGUCCAACGACAAGCAAGUCAGCUCGGGCGGCAUCCUGCUUCAGAUGCGGCAGGGGCACCAGGUGUGGCUGGCAGUCAAUGACUACAAUGGCAUGGUGGGCAUUGGGGGAUCGGAUAGUGUCUUCUCAGGCUUCCUGCUUUUUCCAGACUAGAUUCUUGGUGGAGCAGAUGAGCACAGUUUUCCUUCCAUGCCUUCAAGCUUGGGGUGGACAUUUUUUUUUAAAGUUUCUAGCUGUCUCAUUUUUCCAGUCUUAAAUUCAGCAUGGGGAGGCAAUGUGCUUAACCCUUUCUGGGCCAGCAGCUUUCCCCACACCCAAAUUAUUUGAGUGCUUAACCCUUUCCAGGUCCUCCACUUCUCUCCAGAAUGUUUAUCUGAUAGCUUCCCCACCAGAAGCUACAACACAUUGUAGAGGGACUAGGUGGGAUAUUUUACAACUCUGCAAUGCUAUGAGUCUUCCCCAAGCUUUGAGGUGCAGCUACUUUUAUCAUUCUUAUUCUUCAUCCUUGUUCCACCAUGUCUUAGCUGUUGUGAAAGAAAGAAAAACAUGCUCAAUAAAGCAACUCUUUUUUUGGCUUCAUAUUUA